AUGUCUACCAGCAACUUACUUUCUCUUGCUGGCUGGACAUUUCUCCCAAAUUUUGUCACAGGAUGGCUCCAGACGAUAUACUAUGGGAUUAUGAUCCGCGCCGGUGACCCAAAACCACAGCCAGGCUCUCCGCGCUACAUCACACAUCGCCGGCGCAUACACAUCAUAGUAGUAUCUGCCUACCUCCUUUAUACAAUAUACGAAGCAGACUGGGAAAUACGGCGGGCGAGCGACUUUUAUCAAGAUCUGGGAGUGCCAUAUACCGCUACAGAAAGGGAGAUCAAGUCCAGGUUUCGGCGGUUAGCAGCGAUCCACCAUCCUGACAAGGUGUCCUCCACAUCCACCACCACGGAAGGAUAUUUCGUGCACCUAAAACUCGCCCAAGACACUCUCCUAAACCCCGCAAAGAGAUUUGCAUAUGAGCGCUUUGGACCCGAAAUCACAGAGUGGCAGCGCUGUUCCGGCAUCCGCGACUUCGUCGUGCAUGGCUUACAAUCAAUCCUCCCCUAUUACGGCGCGGCGGCAAUUUUCAUGUAUAUUUUGGGAAUGAUGGGAUAUUUGGAGUGGGGCAAAUACUGGCGGUGGCUCACACUGGUUGGAUUCUGCGUGUUCGAAUUAUAUACUGUUUCUCGGCCUCAUUUUCCCUCCUUCGCGGCCAACAUCGUCAACCCCUUCCUCACGAACUUCACCGCACACCCCCCCUACCUCCCUUUUCAACUCAUCCAACUGGGACGAAAAUUCAGCAUUACCCUUUACAUCGCAUUUUCGCAGAUAGGACCGCAUCUCGAACCUCCUACCCCGGUCGCAUCGAAUGCGGGCCCAGAAGUGCAGUUGAAACAGCAAUUAGAUCGGUUAGAAGCCACAGCGAAGAUCGUGGACGUGGAAGCUACGAGAGACGUACAGCUGGAACUGAGUCCGUUUAUGGGCGACGAGCAGGCUAUCGGGGAAGUAAAGGGCAAGAUGAAGGAGUGGCUGGUACAGAACACGAUACAGAGCGAUCCUGAGGUUCGAGAUGCGAUAGGCACCUUGCUGAAGAAGAGGAGAACGGAUGCGCCUGCUGGGGCUAGAGGAAAUAGAUAG